AUGUACAAUCUCACUCAACAAUUUAUGGUUGAUGCAUAUGCAAGAGUUGAAUCUGCGACUUUGAAUUAUUACCAAACACACCAACACGAAUUGAGGUCAAUGAGUUAUAAUGGAGUGAGAGACCAAAUUGUUAAAGAUCCAAAUAAAAAUACAAAAGCAAAAGGUCAAAAAGUAAUACUCCCAGCUACUUACUCCAAUUCUCCAAGAAAUCUCGGCCAAAAAUGUGCAGAUGCAAUGGCUAUUUUCGCAAAAUUUGGUCCUCCGGAUUUGUUCAUAACAUUCACAGCAAAUCCAAACUGGAGAGAGAUUAAAGAAAAUCUUGAAAAAGACGAAGUGGCAAUUGAUCGUCCAGACUUGGUUACAAGAGUGUUUAAAUUAAAACUCGACCAACUAAUAAAAGAAAUCACAAAAUGGGAAAUAUUUGGGAAUGUCAUUGCUUGGGUUUAUCGUAUAGAAUUUCAAAAGAGGGGGUUACCUCAUGCUCAUAUUUUAAUAGUUUUGGAUUUUAAAUCAAAAUUAAAGACGGUGGAUUGUAUUGACAGAGUUAUCUGUGCUGAAUUUACUGAUAACGAAGAAGUGAAAAAUUUAGUGAAAAAGCAUAUGGUACAUGGUCCAUGUGGAGAUUACAAUAAAAAUGCAGUUUGUAUGGAAAACGAUAAAUGUAUUAAAUAUUUCCCUAAACCAUUAUGUGAUGAGACAACACUUAUUAAUGGUUACCCAAUAUAUAGAAGAAGGCAAAGUUCUACUGUUAAAAUUGGUAAAUACCAAUUGGAUAACUCUUGGGUUGUACCAUUCAACCCAUACCUUUUGAAACGAUUUAGAGCACAUAUUAAUGUUGAGUGCUGCUCAGGAGUGGAGAGUAUUAAAUAUAUAUAA